AACCCCGUAGAAAUCCAUCUGCCAAAGCAUAAUAUCAAUGGCUGCAUCACCUCAACCUUACUCAGGAUACGCUUUUCCGAUCACAGCUACUCCGUCCUUAACUUCUCCUGAUACCUCGUCCAAGGUCCCGCCGAAACCGAAACCGGUCAACGUAUUCUCAAACGAUGGAUCAUUUCUGGAAAGAUUCCAGAGGAGCAGGAAGGAGGAGGAGGAUAAACGCAAAGCUGAGGAGGCACUCGUGAGGCAAGUUUGAUCGCUUUUUGUAUUGCUUGAUACCUCAUCAUGUUUGUGUCUCUGCAGGAAGAGGCAAUUUGAUGAAAGAUUUAGAAAAUGAGGCAAGCGUCAACAACCUGAUACUUCUAUAGUCACCCAAGGAAAACCUACAAAGAAAGUCAAGUUUGAUGGUACCCCAUUAUGAUACAUUGUCGAUAAUAAUGCAUUCUUCUAUUCCCCAAUAGUGAGUCCCAUUGUUUGAUUGUCCGUGCUCCCCCGCGUAUCAUCUGUACUGAUGACACGAACUUGGAGCCAGCCAGGUAUCAGUGCGCUCCCAUGAUAUCUCCAUAAUGUGUGCCUUUACUUUGUAGUAUUGAACUUACUAGUACUGGCAAAUUUAAUGAUACACUUCAACACACA